AGUAAAGUAAUACUAACCCUAUCUUUUUUUUUUUUUCUUUUUUUUUUAAAGUAGCAUUUACAAUUGAUUUUUUUUAGCUUUUUUAAAAUAUAUAAAUAAAAAUCUCUAUUGACUCUCUCUUCUUAAUGAAGAGAAGGAUCUUUUUUUUUCUUUUCGAUAAUACUAAGUAUGAAUAAACAAUGGAAAGAUAGUCUCAUUGUUCUAAGGCUGUCAAUUUGAGAGUAGUACAGUUGGAUCAUUUAGGCAAUUGAGAGGAGUUUGUAUUCACAACAGUUGCCUUCUUUUGCAUAAUAGAAAGAAGAUCACGUGAUGAUACGAUAUUUGUUGUAAUAGACUUAAAUCAUAUGAUGACAUGUCGAGAGAAAGAUCUACCUAAUAAGUGCUUCUUUUUCCUUUUCUUUCUUUCUCUUUUUCUUUAUAUUUUUUUUUCUUGUUUCUUUCUACAGUAAGUAUAUCAUGAACAAUAUAUAUAACUUAUUAUAAACAUUAGUGGCUUAUCCCUAUCAACAAUAUCCUUAUAUGAAUUAUGGGGAUAUGGUUACCCACCUACUAAUGUAUAUGGUCAACAACAAAUGAUAUCCAACUAUCCUGCAAAUAGUUAUUAUGGCGUUGUAAAUCCUUAUACAGCCUAUUAUCCAAACACAAACUACAUAAGUCCUUCUCUUCCUCCUGUUCUCCCUCAAAAUGCUUAUUAUGGUGGAUAUGCAGGUUAUAAUAGUUAUUUACCCUAUAAACCAAGUACGCUUCGAACACUGUUUAACCGUAUCCGCUAUGGCACAAAUUAUGGUUACAAUUAUCCUUAUGACUAUGGAAGGUAUCGAGGAAAUUGGACAGAUUACAACUAUACCUCAUAAUUACAAUUCUAUUAGUAUUAGUAUUAAUUGGAGAUGGAAGGAAGAAAGGAAGGAGGAGGAGAGGGAAUAAAAACAGUUGUGGUAUAUAUAUAUAUAUAUGUAUAUAUAAAUGUGUGUAUGUAUGCGUGUAUGUGUAUGUGUGUGCGUAUAUAUGUGUGUGUGUGUGUAUGUGUGUCU